AAACAUGAACAAUCUCUCAAUGUGUCAAAAAGCCCCAUUAGGAAACCCCUUCCUGUCUAUUUUUAAAGGGAAGUGAAAACUUGUUCGUACAGCACUUUGUUUUCUUUCUCAUGCAGACGCUGCCGUCAGCACGUACACUUGCGACAUGAACGACUCGGCUGAGCUGCCUUCUGCGGAGAAAAUGGCUCCUGAGGAGUUUGCCGGCGGGACAGCGGUGGCUUGUGUGAUCCUGGCCUUGUCCUUCCUGCUGGGGGCUCCGGGGAACCUCCUGGUGAUCUGGACUAUCCUGAAACACGUCAAGCAGCGCUCCCACACGGUGGUGCUCAUCCUGCACCUGGCCGCGGCCGACCUGCUGGUCCUCAUCACCCUGCCCCUGUGGAUCUACUCCCUGGCCCGCUUCUGGGUGUUCGGCGAGGCCGCCUGCAAAGCCAUGGUGUUCAUGAUCAACACCUGCAUGUACAGCAGCGUUUUCCUCAUCACCCUGAUGAGCGUGGAGCGCUUCGUUGCCGUGCGUUACCCCUUCGCCUCGGCCGGCUGGAAGAGGAAAAAGGCUCUGAAUAAGGUUCUGCUGGCUCUGUGGACUGCGGCCUUCUUGUUCAGCAUACCUGUCAUCCCGACCCAGGUCGUAGAGGUGACGGAUUCCGGCGAGGAGCACUGUCUGUACCGCCUGUACACAUCUCGGACCCAGGAGCUGGUGUGCGUGCUGCUGGAGACCCUGGUGGGCUACGUAUUCCCCUUCUUCAUCCUCGUGGUCUGCUACGGCUGCCUGUGCAGCCGGAUCACUAAGAUGACCUUCAAGUCGAAGCGCAAGUCCACGGUCCUCAUCGCCAGCGUGGUGGUGGUGUUCGCCGUCUGCUUGACGCCUCAUCACAUCGGGAACGUCCUCUCGCUCGUCAUCCUGGCCUGUGAGGACCACCUCCCUGCCGCAGCGGAGGAUCUGGAGAGCGCCAGGAGCACGGUGGUCUUCAUCGCCGGGGCCAUGGUCUUCAUCAGCAGCACCGUCAACCCCAUCCUGUACAUGUUCGCGGCUCGCUCCUUCAGGAGCUCCCUGCGGGACACCGGCAUCCAGAAGCUCUUCCACCACAUCUCCAGCACCUCCCCAGGUGAGGGCAAUAAAGAGUUGUCCUUUGUGUCCAAGAGACAGAGCAACCAGACCAACAGCUCUCAGUGCGUGUCAGAGUCAAAAGUUCAAAUGGACAUUUUAAUCAAAAUGUGUGAAAAUAAUCCAUCCUGAUAUUGAAAUGCUACGUCGUGCCUGUGCUUUGUGUAAAUAUUCAUGUGUAUAGUGUUGAGAUUUUUAAAAAUAUUUUUGUUUGAAAUUACAACACAGAAAAACAAGGAUUAAGAGAUCAUCUGUGUAAUAAAUACCAAUUCUGUAAAUUAUCAAAUUGAAAUGUUCUUUUUCAACGGUUACCAUAUAUUUAUGAAUUUGACUUAUAUUAUGUACUUAUAUGUGAUAAGAUGUGUCGUU